AUGGACGGGAGACGCGCGCGCGAUCGCGCCGAACGCGUCGCGCUCCUACGCGAUCGCGUCGGCGACGCGGUGGCGCGCGCGACGGAUUCGGGCGAUGGAUCGUUCGAGGAUGUCGAGCGGGGUGCGCGCGAUGCGCUGGCGCGCGAGCGCGGACGCGUCGGGCGCGUGGGCGUCGUCGCGGGCGCGGUGUGCGUUGGAUUGGCGUGCGCGGCGAUCGGGGUCUCGGUGGGGGGAGGGGUGGCGGUGCCGAGCGCGUUGGGGGAGGCGAAGACGGCGGACGCGGGGGCGCUCGGAGGCGAGCAGACGCGGUGGCAAAAAGUUCAAAAUCAUUGGUGUCACGAGCACCCGCGCUUGUGUCAUCACAAGCACGGUGGACAUCACGGACAUCACCACGCGCCGUCGGCGCCGAAGCCGGCGGCGCCGAAGCCGGACUCAGAGUCUUACCCGGCCAAGCCGGACGCGGAGUCUUACCCGGCCAAGCCGGACGCGGAGUCUUACCCGGCCAAGCCGGAAGAGACCGAGACGGAGGAGAGCGAGACGCAGGAGAGCGAGUCGGAGACCGAUGAAUCAGGUCCGAACGCGUCUAGCGCCAAGCUUGGACAUCACAAACAUAAAGAGGGACAAGGACGAUUCUUUUCUCGCGUCGCAUCGUGGCUGCAACGUCGCGGGAAAGCGUCUGAGCACGAGACAACGAAGGGAGAGUCCGCGUCUGCCUCGUCUGAAAGACGACGCAAACACGGCCACCUCACGUCCAUCUUGGGCUACGAUCGAAAGACAAAUGUGCGCACGUACAUUGUCGCCGACACGAGGCCUGGUAAGGAAUCAGAAACUGCCAUGGAUGCGCGUGAUUACAUCCAAGACUUAUUCAAGACUUACGGCGGAAUGACUCAACAGCAAGCCGGGGAAAUGGUGGAAAUCCAGAAGGCGACGUUCCCUACCGCUUGGCCGGUGACACUGGACGUCGCGCAGUACUCGACUUCGGAUUUGAUGACCACCCCGGAGAAGGGUGGACGCAUGCCUGGACCGAUGAAUGAAGUGAAGCAAGUGCUCGACUCGAAGGACCACGUGUGCAGGACUGAUUCCUGCCUCGGACACCGCGAGCAUCAUUUCGGCUGCUUGCUGUCUCACAUGGCUGUCUGGAAGAAGGCGCUCGAGCGGGGCGAAGAACGAGUUGUUCUCUGGGAGCAAGACGGUAGAGGAAUCCACUCGGUUAGCCCACUCGACUACGCUGAGCUCGGACGUCAGCUUCCAGCCGAUGCCGACAUGGUUUGGCUUGUCAACACGGCUCGAGGACCCGGUCAGUUUGUGAAGAAGUUCCGCUCCAAGGCGACGGGCAAGUGGGGGAUGCACACACAAGGGUUGUCAACACCAGACUGGGCAGCGUUGGGCGAUGCCCUUCAAAAUGCGAACACGUCGUCGCACGUGUAUUUGUACAAGUGGGACAAGCUGUGCAUGUGGGCCGGCGCCGGGUCCCUGAUGUUCACCAAGAAGGGUUUGGAGAGGCUUCGAGAGCACGUCAAGCACAAGGGCGCUGGUAUGGUCGACGCUUGGCUCGCAGGUGAGUGCAUCACUCGUAGACCAGAUGGGCUCAACCUCCAGUGCUACCAUGCGACUACGACACCAUUCCGGCAAGAGCGAGUCGGUGGCUACUUGCCCAACUGGUAUCUCGAUCCUAAAGUGAACGAUGCCUCUGUUCCUCAGUCACAGCUCGACGCCAUCGAUGCUGAUCCGACCCUUUACAACAGCCUCGGUUGUGCACGAGGUGGCAACGAGUACAGAGAACAUAUCGCUUGGUUGCCGAUUGGUGAGGGUCAAGGAAAAGACACACAGGUGUGGGGCUGCCACCCACCCGACUGGAAAGGCGUGCAGCUCAACGGCUGCGACGCGAACCUUAAACUCCCGAUAAACCCGAAAGUCUUGCAGCGCACGGCUGGUGUGACUCUCAAGGAAUCCGCUCGUCUCGGUGUGUACAAAACUGGCGUCUAUGAAGCUUUCACGGCUGGUACUCCCGCCAAGAAACCCACUU